AUGUUUGGACCUUCAAAUCCAGAUGCUCGUCUUGCUGAAAUCAUCAUAAAUGUAACCCAGGAUAACAUCUCAUAUGAUUUUGAUGAGAGAUACAGAGACAGACUUCAUGUGGAUCAUCAGACCGGAUCUCUCACCAUCAGAGAUCUCAAAACUACAGACACAGGAGUUUAUCAACUACAGAUCUCCAACAUCAAAGAGACCAUAUACAAGAGAUACAAUGUGUUUGUGGCCGCUGCAGAACCAGCACUGUCUGCAUUAUAUAUAGGACUGAUAUGUGCUGCUGUCCUGUUGCCUAUACUGGGAGCUAUAAUACUGGCUGUGGCUAUUGGAUAUAGGAGGAAAUACUCUCAACUCAAAGAUGAAAUGAAGACUGUGUCAGUGAUUGAGGGAAAUUCUGCCACAUUGAAAUCUGGGAUCACUGGAAUACAAGAAGAUUAUGAAAUAAUCUGGAGGUUUGGGGCCAAAGGCCCCAUGAUUGCUCGGAUCAACAUAAAGACCAAUGAUGUCCUAUAUAGUAAAGAUGAGAGAUUUAGAAACAAACUUCAUCUGGAUAAUAAGACCGGAGAUCUCAUUGUCAGUGAUAUUAAAAUCAAGAUAUCUGGAGAUUAUCACAUGGAGAUCACCAGAAGAAACAAAAUAACUCAAUCAAAGAGAUUCAGAGUUAUUCUCCGAGAUGACAAAUUAAAGGUCACAAAAGGAGAAUCUGUUGAACUACAGACGGGCAUUUCUGAACUACAGGAUGAUGAUCAGAUACAGUGGAGAUCUGAAGCUAAAGAUGCCAUCAUAGCUGAAAGAAAUGGAAAGAGCAAUGAGACCUCAAUAAACUGUGAGAUAUUUGGAAACAUGAGAAUGGAUCCUCAGACUGGAUCUCUCACCAUCACAAACAUUAAACACUCAGACUCUGGAGUUUAUGAACUACAGAUUAAGACCAAAACUACAACUUUAUAUAAGAAAUUCAAUGUUGUCGUCUGGUUUGAAACAUUAAAUCAUAAAGUAGGAGAUUCUGUCCUUCUAGAAACCAAACUCCAUGAGCUGAUGAAAGACCAUAGGAUACUGUGGACGUUUGGAAAUAUAAAUACCCGUAUAGCUGAAAUCGACAGAGUCAGUGGUCAGAUGUAUGUAUAUAAGGGGAAUGAUGAGAGAUUCAUAGACAGGCUGAUACUAAAUAAACAGAAUGGAGAUCUGACCAUCAGAAACAUCAGGAGAGGACAUUCAGAUGUUUAUAAACUGCAGAUCAACAACAGCUCAGAGAGUAAAUGCAAGAGUUUCAUGCUGUUCGUAAAUGAGAAUCUGAUAUCAGUAAUGGAGGGAGAAUCUGUCACAUUGAGAUGUCCCACUGACAUAAAGAGUGAUGAAGUGAUAAUAUUGUGGAUGUUUGGAACUGAAGAAAGCCUCAUAGCUAAAGCUGAUAUGAACAACAAGAUGCUUUAUGAUGGUGCUGAUGAAAGAUUCAAAGACAAACUAGAGCUGGAUCAGACUGGAUCUCUCACCAUCACAGGCAUCAACAGUAAACACACAGGAAUUUAUAAACUACAGAUCAUCAGCAACAGAGAGACCACAUACAAGAGAUACAGAGUUUCUCUCCAUGAUUAUAUUGAGAUGGUGUCAGAGGAGAUUCCUUUACUUCCCAUACGAACCUCACAACAGCAGCAGUACACAGGAAAAUCCCCAGUGUUAAAUUAA